AGUAACGUAAUUAUUGUCACCGACUUGUUUUGGUUAAUAUAACCUUGCUUAAAUACAUGCUUUUCGAUUUUCAGUAUUAAUAAUAGUGUUAAAAAAUUGUUCAAAAUGUACAGAUAAGUUAUUUUUUGUGUAAAACUAUUAAUUACAACGAUAACAAUAAAAAUAAAGUUUAAUGUAACGGAGCACGCAUUUAUCAUCACGGAAGAUAAUCUAAAAUUUCACAAUGCUUGCCAUUAAGUGUAUUUAUCAUUGUCUCAUUUCUUUAUUUAUAUUUUGUGCAGUGAAAGGUCACCAUACUCAUCGACACAAAACUCACAAUCAACAUCAUAAGCCAGAACAAAGUCCAUUAAUAAGUACAAAAGAGUUGAGAAAAGUAUCAGAGGAAAUUUUUGAUAAGCUUCCUGAUGAUAUUUUUCAGUAUAUAAGUAUAAAUUAUCAAGGACAGAGAGAUACAAAGGAUGUAAAAGAUGAAGCUCCAGAGCCCUUGUUCAGUGUGUCUAGUGAUUUAUUUGAAGUUACACCUACUAUACAUCAAAUGCGUAAACUGUAUGACAAUUACGAUAUCAAUACACAACAUGCUGAAAUAAUAACACCAAAAGAAGACAUGGAAGAAAAUAAUUUUAUAGAUGAGCUGCUAAACACUAGUAUUAUGAUUCACACAAUGGACUUUUUGGCUAGUAAAGGCUAUUUUAGAAAGAAUCUCAAUGAAUACAGGCAAAUCCUGAAGAAGAUUUGGUUUCAACCCUAUUCUCGCAAUAAUCAUACAGAGUUAGGAAGCUCCGGAUUUGAACAUGUUUUCUUAGUAGAAAAGAAAAGAAGUUACAUCACUGGUCUACAUAAUUGGAUAUUCUUUGCAACUGCUGAAUAUGAUGAUAAAGCUAAUUAUUUAGGAUACAUUGCCAAGGAAGAGUUAGCUAAUAAAGCAGUUAUUUUAAAAUUAUACCUUUCAUACAUGGAAAAAGUGAAACUAUCCUCUAUGUUUAUUGGAACUCCACCAGAAUUUGAAAUUGCUCUCUAUACUUUAUGUUUUUAUGCAAGGCCAAACAGAGGAUGCAAAGUUUUAUUAGGAAACGUGAAAGUUACAAUUCAAACUUGGGUACAAUAUUCUAACAAUGCAAAACUAAUUGGCUCAUCUUUUCCUAAGAUCUACAGUCAAACCCACAAGUAUUUAUAAAUUAUUUCUCCAAUAGCGUGUGAAAUAUUAAAGAAACUUUGUUAGUUUCUAAAUAUCUAUAUAGUACAAUUCUAAUAAAAUAAUAUUAAUCUUAUGAAAAAAAUAUCACAAAAUCAAGCGACAAUAAUGACAGAUAUUACAUAUAAGACAAAAGAGAGAACUGACUAUGACUUGUGUUCAUUAUCAAUAUGCGUAUUGAUAAAAAGCGUUUUAAUAAUAUUGAUAAUGAAAUAACGUUAUCUUAAGUUGUUUAUUGCUAUUUAUGACUAUAAAAAUAAAAUAGUGAAUAAUUGAAAAUCUAUGAUUACAGAUUUUAAAAAACAAAAAAACAGAAUGAAUGAAUUUUUAAAUGUUAAUCUAUUAACUCAGUAUUAUCAGGGUGCAUUGACAUAUGAUUGUAUAUUGUUAGUUAAAGAUCUGUUAAUAUUUACAAUAUUUUUGAGAAGUAUUAUGCAAAUGAAUUGUACAUUAUAUCAAAGUAUUACUUGAUGCAUUUUGUAAUAUACAGGCAGACAAAAUUAAGAAGACUGGGAAAUAUGUGUAUAUGAUAAAAUAAAUAAUACGUCACUUA